AUGAGCUUGCAGCUCUUUGCUCUAUGCCCAUUACCCUUUUGGUCCAACACAAUUACCAAUACAAGCUCCAGAACUACCACAACAGCAACCUCUUUCUACCAAAGUAAUUCCAUUCCUACCCGUCAAUAUUGCCAUACGCACCCUUCAGCUAUACUGUUAGAAAACUGCACUUCAAAGAAAGAGCUUUAUCAGAUUCUUCCCCUUGUCAUCAAAAACGGUUCUUACAAUGAGCAUGUGUUUCAGGCUAAGGUUAUUAGAUUGUUCUGCAAAUUUGGCGGUACCAGUGAAGCAGCUUCUGUCUUUGAACAUGUUGAACACAAGCUCGAUGUGCUUUACCACACUUUGCUCAAAGGGUAUGCAAAAAACUCAAGUUUGGAUGAUGCCUUGUCUUUCUUCAAUAGGAUGAUCAGCGAUGAGGUUAGACCAGUUGAGGGUGAUUAUGCUUGCUUGCUGCAGUCGUGUGGAGAGAAUUUGAACCUCAUAAGGGGUAGAGAGAUUCAUGGGCAGAUAAUAAUUAAUGGGUUCGGGUCCAAUUUGUUUGCCAUGACUGCUGUUGUGAAUUUAUAUGCCAAAUGUAGGCAGAUUGAUGAUGCGUAUAAGAUGUUCGAAAAAAUGCCACAUAAGGAUUUAGUUACUUGGACAACAUUGGUUGCGGGAUAUGCACAGAAUGGCUUUGCCAAGAGAGCAUUGCAUUUGGUUUUGCAAAUGCAGGAAGCUGGCCAAAAGCCUGAUUCUGUUACAUUGGUAAGUGUUUUACCGGCUAUUGCAGAUAUGAAGGCUUUGAGAAUUGGAAGGUCUAUUCAUGGUUAUGCUUUCAGAUCAGGAUUUGAAUCACUGGUUAAUGUUUCAAAUGCACUUCUUGAUAUGUACUUCAAAUGCGGGUCUGCAAGGAUUGCAAGGAUGGUUUUCGAGGGGAUGAGUAGAAAGAGUGCUGUUACAUGGAAUACAAUGAUUGAUGGUUAUGCGCAAAAUGGUGAAUCUGAAGAUGCCUUUGCAACUUUUCUGAAGAUGUUGGAUGAAAGGGAGGUACCCACGCGUGUUACCGUGAUGGGAGCUUUACUUGCUUGCGCUAAUUUGGGUGAUCUUGAAGGAGGGAGGUUUGUUCAUAAAUUAUUGGAUCAGCUGAAACUCGAUUUUGAUGUGUCAGUUAUGAACUCGUUAAUAUCCAUGUACUCUAAAUGCAAGAGAGUUGAUAUAGCAGCCUCAAUAUUUAAUAAUUUGAAGAAGAAAACAAAUGUCACUUGGAAUGCCAUGAUAUUAGGAUAUGCACAAAACGGGUGUGUUGAGGAGGCUUUGAAUCUAUUCUGUAUGAUGCAAUCUCAGGGCAUUAAACUUGAUUGCUUUACAUUGGUAGGAGUAAUUACUGCUCAUGCAGAAUUCUCAGUCAACCACCAGGCUAAGUGGAUUCAUGGACUCGCUAUAAGAACUUAUAUGGACAAGAAUGUCUUUGUUUCCACUGCUCUUGUUGACAUGUACGCAAAAUGUGGAGCCGUCAAAACUGCAAGAAAGCUAUUCGACAUGAUGCAAGACAGACAUGUGAUAACAUGGAAUGCAAUGAUAGAUGGAUAUGGGACACAUGGCCUAGGAAAAGAAGCUCUGUAUCUCUUCAAAGAGAUGCAGAAGGGAGCUGUUAAGCCAAAUGAUAUAACAUUCUUGUCUGUAAUUUCAGCUUGUAGUCACUCGGGAUUUGUGGAAGAAGGUCUCUUCCUCUUCAGAAGCAUGAAGGAAGAUUAUGACUUGGAACCUACUAUGGAUCACUAUAGUGCCAUGGUUGAUCUCCUAGGUCGUGCUGGUCAGUUGGAUGAUGCAUGGAAUUUCAUCCAGGAGAUGGUUGUCAAACCAGGGAUUUCUGUCCUAGGUGCAAUGCUAGGUGCAUGCAAAAUCCAUAAAAAUGUAGAGCUCGGAGAGAAGACUGCAGACAAACUAUUCGACUUAGACCCAGAUGAGGGAGGGUAUCAUGUGUUGCUUGCGAACAUAUAUGCCUCUAAUUCAAUGUGGGAUAAAGUAGCCAAGGUGAGAACAGCCAUGGAGAAGAAGGGGCUCCGCAAAACUCCAGGCUGCAGUGUGGUGGAGAUGAAAAAUGAAGUUCAUACAUUUUACUCGGGAAGUACCAAUCAUCCUCAAUCCAAAAGAAUCUAUACUUUUCUUGAGACUCUUGGAGAUGAGAUCAAGGCUGCUGGUUAUGUGCCCAAAACCAAUUCAAUUCACGAUGUAGAAGAAAACCUGAAGCAACAAUUGGUCAGUAGCCACAGUGAGAGGCUUGCUAUUGCUUAUGGACUUUUGAAUACAAGCCCGGGCACAACAAUUCACAUUAGGAAGAAUCUAAGAGUUUGCGGUGAUUGCCAUGAAGCCACUAAAUACAUUUCACUCGUGACAGGGAGAGAAAUUAUAGUGCGUGAUUUACGUAGGUUCCAUCAUUUCAAGAACGGAAAUUGUUCUUGUGGGGAUUACUGGUGA